AUGUCUCUGCGACCCAGUUCGAGUUCUGGUUCUCCUUCGAAUACAAGAAGAAAGAUUUAUAAGACUGGAAUUGACGCAGAAGACAGUCGGAGAAGGAGGGAAAAGGACCUCGUCGCCGUCAGAAAAAUCAAACGUCAAACCGCUCUUGUCAAGAAACGAGAACAACGCAUCUUCCGUAAGCUGCUGGAUGCUAUUCCUGAGAUGGUGAAACGUGUAACUGAUGAAUACCCUGACAAACAAUUGGAGACAUAUGGUCACUUCAGAACUUUUGUAACACCUGGUGAACCAGCCCUUCCAGUUGAUAACCUCGUUAAGAAAGGUAUUCUCCCUCUCUUUCUGGAGUUAUUAUCAAGGGACGAUGCACCCUAUUUGCAGACAGAAAUUCUGUGGGUUAUAUCCGAUUUUGUUUCCACAUCAUUCCAACACAAAAGUGCUGUUGUUGAAAUUGGCUUUGUUCCUCACUUGAUCAAUCUUUUCUCUAGUACCCACGAUGAUACAAAAGAAGAGGUCAAAUCUUCUGCAAUAUGGAUUUUAGGAGGCAUUGCUAAUGGCUGCCCAGACUUUAGGGAUCUUAUUCUUAGCCAUGGUGCUCUCAUUAUAUUAUUAAGUCAGUUGGAACCACAGUCAUCAAUGUCUAUAGUAAGAGCUGCUACGUGGUCUUUAUCUGUUUUGCUCCGUGGAAUGCCUCCAGUAGAUUUUGAACAGUAUGUUAGUGAGAAAUGGCUUGAUCCUUGUCAGGUAAAGAUUGCCUUACCUGCUCUUCAGCGACUCAUCCAUGCAACCGAUGAAGAUGUUUUAACAGAUACAUGCUGGACUUUGGCUUACCUUUCGGAAAGUCAUAUGGACAAUAUUCAAGCUAUUAUUGAAUUAGGAGUUUGCCCAAAACUUGUGCAACUUCUUCAGUAUCCAUCAGAUGGAGUUAUUCUACCUGCACUUUUGGCUUUAGGAAAUAUUGCUGUUGGUGGUGGGGCUCAUACACAGGUAGAAAGAAUGUUUCACAUAAUUGUUAUAUUGUGGGGGCGAGGUAUAUCAGUGUGCAGAGCCUAA